AUGGUCAAUACCAGACGUUCCAGCGGCGGCGGCAACCGCACCACCGCCGGCAGCAGACAAUCCACCCUGUCCUUCAACCACCGGGUCACCAAGUCCGUGCCGAAAGGGACCAAGGACCUGUCUUCCAAACCGGCAAAACAGAGUCCCUUGGUUGAGCAGGUUUCCUCUGCUUCGCCGGAACCUGGAGAGGAAGAGGUGACGAAGGACGAAUCUCAACAAGAAGCAGAAGCAGAAGAAGAAGAAGGAGAGCCCCUGGCCAAACUACCCGAGGUCCGCCAGCAGGAGAAGUCGGAAGCAGAGCUCCGCGCGGCCGGGAUCUCCGACCGCCAGAUCGACCAGUACUGGCGGAGACUCGAGCGCGAGCGCAUCGCCAAGAGGGUGCACCAGGAAGGCCUGACGUUGGCGGAGAAAGUGCUACGAUAUUGGGACGUCAGCUCGCAGUACGGGCCUUAUGUUGGCAUCACGCGCGUGAAGCGUUGGAAGCGCGCUGAUAAGCUGGGCUUGAACCCGCCGCUGGAAGUCCUUGCCGUGCUGCAGAAGGAGGAGGCUAAGGGUACCACGGGCUUUGAGAAGGCGCAAAUGGAUGAGAUUCUCAAUUCAACUGCUAUCACCGGCGCCUAA